AUGUUGAAGAAAUUUCCUCCGUCCCUUUCCAAUUGCCAAAGGGAUUUCCAUCUAAGUCAACUACUUCCUUAUGAUCCUAAUGUUAAGAAAGAAAGGAGAUUAAUCGAUGGCCUCAAAGAAUAUCUAGUACUUGUAAUAGCUACAGAACAUGUUAUGGAAAUGCUGAGUAAGCGUGAUAUCAAUAAGUUUGAUCCGAUUGUGGGAGAAAAUGCUAGCCAAAUUAGAGCAGUUCAGACAGCCCUUGUCUUCCUUAAGCAUCCGUCAGUGAACAACCAAGUCCUUUUAUCCAAGAUAAAUCGAAUUAAAUUGCAAUGCUUAAGCAUGCUACAAGAUAUUGAGCGAGUGAUUAAAGAAGGAUUUUCUUUAUCCAAUUUGCUAAAAGAAAAGAAUAUUGAACUCAAUUUAAACUUUGAUGAAAUUUUCCUAAUUGAAUCUUACCUGCUUACAAAGGUGAAAAUAGUCUUGCCUCCUAGACAAGAAAAUCCCAUCGUUAAAAACGAGUAUACUGAUACCAAAAAAAUCAAAGAAAUUAGCAGUGUAGGAUCUACGUUUGCUAAUAAGCUAGUAGCUCGAUUAAGACAGAAUCUAUCCGAACACUCAGUGCAAUUUGUUCAGGAGUUAGCCUAUCAAUUAGAGUUGGAAGAGAGUAUAAAACAAAUGAUUUCUGCAGACUUUGUAGUAAUGCAUCGCAAGCUCAAGUGCACACCGUUCUUUUGGACGACAAAAGUAAUCACGGAAGCGGCACUGUCUUAUGGUAUUCCUAUCGUUAUGCAUGUUCAGCUAAAGAGCAAAGAUAGAAAUUAUCAGCUGGAACAUGAGAUCUAUCUCUACUUUGAAGCGACUUCGUCAAAAUAUCAGAAUGUUUGUCCUUCUUCUUUACAAAAAGAAUCUCCAGCGAUUGUUCUGCUAGGUAGCACAUGCAGAGAUUCUAGUAAUCUUCCGUCCAUAAGCGACUGGACAAAGGAAAUAACCACAUCAGGCCCAGUUGAUUUACUGUUAGCUUAUGCAGCAGCACAUAGACAAUAUCCUGAUGAAACAUCUGAAAUCAAUAUUCAGGACAAAGAGUUUGAAUUUUAUCGAAAGAAAGCUUUCGAAUGGGGUUGUUGUCUACAAAAUUCUUCGCGCUUUUUCUUAUCGCAGGCAUACUGUGAUCAUAUUGAAAAUAUGCUGCAGGAAAGCUCGAAAUUAGAAUAA